AUGCCGUGUUUCAAGGGAAUCGCGGUCAGUAUUCAUGCCAACGGGGCACCACUCCCUGAGCAUGGCAUGCAGAAACAAUCGCGAUUCUCGCGCAUCAGCACCUACAUACCCGUUCCGCAGCCCCAGGUUGACCUCAGUAGCAACAAACCAGACCCUGCGAAGUUUGCCAUCUCGAUCACAUUGCUGACUCCUGGCCUCCCGAUCCCCUACUCGGCACCCAAGUCCACAGACGAUAAUCCGUACCCCAAGCCCCAGUACGUCGGAGGUCACUCCAACGCGCCUUCGGAGCGGAACAAGGGCUCAUGGAACGUGAACCCGUACAUUCCCAUGACGAACUCGGAAAACGAGACUAUUGCUGCUUACAUCUAUUUCGAUGGCAGGUCAAAGGAAGAGGUGGCCACACUUCUCCGACCUGGCGAGGAGACAUGGGUGAACAGUCGAUGGGUUCAAGUCCCUGAUGUCGAAGGCGGCGGGCUGGCAGAGCGAGAGUUCUUGUUUCGUGAGGUUGGAUUGGAACGCUGGUUGAAUGGCUUAGAUUUAAAGGGCCACGAUGCUGCAGAGAAGCUUGAACGACGUCGGCAAAGGUUUGAAAGGCGCCGUCGACGACAAGGAGCUACCAUUGAACCCAUAGCAGCGAAAUCAGGAGAUGGCGGCAGAGGGUCCCGAGACGCCUUCAGGUACGGCGCCGAUGCAGGGUCUCCCGUCGAGGCUGUUCUAGACGACAUGAGCUCCGAUUCUCUUUCCGAUGACGACGAACCCCCCGAGGCAACUGGGCAGAUCAAGGUCCUCAUGUUCCGGGUGCUUGCCUCUGGUGAGAUCAAAAAGGGGGAAUACUCUCCGCAAUUCGAUGCCCACGAUGAUGAUGACGAGGCGGAAUCGGCAACCAAAGACAAGAGCAACGGCGGCGGAGGGAUGGAUGCCGACGUCGAGCACACGACGAGCUUUGCCAAGCCUAAGACUCUCGAUCCUAAGACGAUCAGUACCCAGACUGUCACUGGAAUCGAUGGCCCAGAUAAGCCAUAUGCAUCAUUUACCUUCUUCUACCGCGGCGAACGCAAGCCAGCUUCAGAAGAUUGGAGUCCUCGCCUCCUCCAAGACCCCCCAACCCACGCCGGGCUCAGCCAAAAGGCGGUCUGGCCAGCUCGAUUUUUCAACUUUGGGACCUCUCAAGUCAACUGGGACACUCGUAAGAAGAGUAUUGGGCAAGCUGGCAGCGCCUUGCAGGACGACAGUGAUGAUGAGGACGAUGAAGACAGCGAAGUCCUUGGCAAGAUGGAGGAUAUUGAAGAGAAAGACCUCGGCUCAAAGGUUACGCCUGAGGAUGGCCAAUAUUCGGGUGAACUUGCUGACGGCGUGAACCGUAUACGUCUCAAACGAGCCCUGUCUGCGGAUCCGGGCUCUGUGGCCACUGAUAAUGACACCACAAACGCGGGUGGUGACUCCGCCAUUCAAGCUUCAAUUGCUCCGCAGGCGGCCAGUCUGACGUCGGAAUCAGCAGCGAUUCUUGAGCCGACGCUACCGAACUCUGUCUUCGGCAGCCCUGUGAAGAAGCAGCGUCCGAGUAUUCAGGGUCCAGGUGAUCAGGUUCCGUCUCUCGGCCUGGCUGCGUCCCUGUUGGAUGACAGUGUUGCACAGUCUACCAUGCCAUCUCAGCCGAACAACAAGAGAGAGGAGGUAGAGGAGGACUUGUGA